AUGUUAUCGUUUGCACUAGCACAGAGAAAAGCAAGCAUUGGGAAACUGGAAAGUAUGUGGAUAGUAUAAUAGAGAAUAUAGAUAGCUAAGCGGACGACGUUUUUGUGAUUAACAUGGAUGUCUCAUGUACAUCCAGCCUUUGAAUAUGGGGGUGAAAAGUCUUGUUUGAAAUGAAAAACGCAGCAUUCUGUGCGGUGGCACGUUUGUGAUUUAACUCUUGCCAUCUUUAACGGUAUGAUUACGUUAAUGUGAUAUGAAGGUUUAUUUCUUUUGGUUUAUUUUUUAAGGUUCAGCGAAAGGUAGAGCAAAGCUAAGGCAAAAGAUGUCCGCUGAUCAGAAAAGUAUCGACAAAAAAAUAUUUAUGUUUAACGUAAUACAGCUUGCUGUACAUGGAAAUGAAACACCUCUCGACGAGUGUGCUGUGGUCGAUGGCAUGUUUCCUUGGACAAUCAAUGGUACAUAUACAGAAUAUAUUCUGUAAAUAUCUGUAGGUGUUGAUAAUUUAGUUGCGUGAAAGUUUGCACUUUGCCUAAUAUACUGUAUUCUUAAAAUUUAUUCCUAGACAUAUCUGUUCGUCUAAAAUGUAAAAUCAUGGACAAAUUUGAACAUUUAAAAAGACUGGACGAGGAGCUAAUUCUUAUUAAGAAAGAAAUGCUUCAGUAUUUAAAAUACUAUAAAGAUAUCGUUAUUUCCAAGUUGAAAACAGAAAUCAAAGACCUGGAGCGUAAUCUUAAUUCAGGUAUAAGAAAAACCGUCAUUUGAUUACUUUUCAAAUAUGGAGAUGUGUGAUGACAACGAGGCGAUAAACCGGGAUGUUUAAUUUUAACCACAUUCAGCCUGAUCCAAUGUUUAGAUGUGUCCAAACGUUACAUCUUGCAUACCAAUUGCUACUUUUAGAAAAAACCUGGAAAGGAUAAAACAUCCUUUCUGGUAUUUUAUUUUAUUUUGAAGCAGUCAUUCUUCUGACCUUUUUUGUAUGUAGAAGCAGCAUUAAUUGAAGAAGACCCCCCUGGAAGUCCGUCAGGCCAAGAUGUUGAGUCCGAGGUAUAAAUAAAAAUACAGCAUAUAUACAGAUACCAACAGCGUAUACUGCGCAAAGGAUUAUUCAACCUAACUGCGGAAAACAUUGAUUUAAUAGUUUAAGCCAUUCUAAUGAAGCCAUAAUGCGAUGAUCCCCUCUUAAAGGGACCGGAAUACCCAAAGUAAACUGGUAAUGAUGAAACACAAAAUUUAGACGUGAUAUACUCCCGCAUCUGAAAAGCUUCGGUGCAUGCAACUCUUUUUCUCGAUUUGUAAUUAUCAGGGGACUAAUUUACAUUCUAUUAUUUUGUUUCAGAAAUUCUUGUAUGUUUCUUCAUCCUGUAUGUCCCGACGUGUUAUCUUAGGUGAGAUGGCUUUACGUUAUAAGGGAAUACACUUUGCGAAGCAACAGCUGAACAGUGGGUCAAAGAAAUUUUCUAGUAUUUACAGUGGCGAUAUCCUACACACCAUUGUAAACAAUGACAGUGACGAUGACAGCAACUAUGACAAUGAAGACAAUGAUGAUAAUGAUUCAGACAACGAAAUGAUCAAUGAUAAUACAACUAUGGAUAAAUGA